AGCUGGUCCGUCUUGUGCCUGAUUAGCUUUUCUCUCGACAGAGUUGUUUACGUUUUCUCAAAUCCUUCAACCUACAGGGAGUUGAAAGUUGUUCAUUUGACCAAACGGGACUCGCAAAUCAAGGACUAUAAACACACGUGCUUCAUUUUUCGGAAACUGACGUGCUAGAAUUUUCACUGUUUUAUAACUGAAAAAGACGAGCUGUUCGUAUUUCCCACAACUGGGUGGUGGAAACCAUUUUACAGUUCAGCUGCUGUUGAGAGGGAGGCGCCAAUGAAUUAUGUCUGGCAUUGCUUUUAGUAGGCUGUCGCAAGAGCGCAAAGCAUGGAGGAAAGAUCACCCCUUUGGCUUUGUUGCUGUACCAACCAAGAACCCAGAUGGCACCAUGAAUCUUAUGAACUGGGAGUGUGCCAUCCCAGGGAAGAAGGGGACCCUUUGGGAAGGGGGCUUGUACAAACUGAGAAUGCUCUUCAAAGAUGAUUACCCAUCAUCCCCUCCUAAAUGUAAGUUCGAGCCUCCGAUUUUCCACCCGAACGUGUACCCAUCCGGCACAGUGUGCCUGUCCAUCCUGGAGGAGGAGAAAGACUGGAGACCAGCCAUCACCAUCAAACAGAUCUUGCUGGGUAUCCAGGAGCUGCUGAACGAACCCAACAUCCAGGAUCCGGCACAGGCGGAGGCUUACACCAUCUACUGCCAGAACAGGAUGGACUAUGAGAAGCGAGUGAGGGCUCAAGCCAGAAGAUUUGCUCCCACAUAGAGCCUUGCAUCCACAAAUUACAGCCAGGAUUCGGAAGCCAGUCUGCUCAAAGAACUGGAUCAGGAACAUGACUCAUAAUCCAGUGGUUCAAAUACGUUCCAGAACUCUCGUCUUAUUGUCCACAAGUGAAGGUUCUAGAACCUUCUAAAUCGAUAAUCUGGUUGUAGAAUCUGAGUUGUAUGUUGAUAUAUUCAGUCUAGCUCAAAGACAAGUCUGAAUCUGGACAAAAUGCCUCUGCUAGGAGAUACAAGGGUGUCAUGUCCUUGAUUGAUUGAAGUUGUAGGGUGUGUGGGUGUGGGUGUGGGUGUGUGGUUUGAGGGAGGGGCAUCUGGUCUGGGACCAGUGCUUUUUUGUCUGUAAAUAUAUAAAUAUGAACAUUUGUUUACUUAAAAACAAUUUCUUGACAUCAAUAUAAAUUGUGUUUGACCACAGUAAUUGUACUAAAUGUAUACAUCUUAAAACCAGUUAAAAUACAACGGGAUAAAAAGCAUUGAAGGUU